UCCGCGGAUCCGCCCAUUCUUCCCAUUGCUGUUUCGUAUUUUUUGUAUUUGUAACACAUUCCAUCUUCCAUCUCCAUGCGCACACACAGUCACACACAUCACGUGUAGAUAUCAGUAUCAUUCACAUCAUUCAAAUCGAAAUAACUUCAAAUCCUAUUUAAUUUUGAAGAGGAAAGUAAGAAAUGGAUCGUUUUGAAAUUGACACUGAUUGUGAGGGAAGCGAUGCGGAAUUCUCACAAAACGAGGACAGAUUGGUCAUCGACACCAGCUUUGAAGCGUCAGAGAGUGGCGAACUUGAUCAAGAUGAUCAAAUCAAUGAGGACGAGUGUGAUUUAGUGGUUAGCUGGAAAAAUGAUGCUGACCACGAGUCCGAGGAACUAGAAAGCCCAGCCAGCCCUGAUUUUGAUGCCGAUGACGAGUGUGAGGAAAUUGAUCAAGUACAUCCAAACCUUGUGGAUGACAGUGGCGAUUCAGAUAUUUACCGGAGUGAUGAUGACUUCUACGAUGCCAAAGAAAAUAUUAAUCCGGAGGAUAAAGAUGGAGUUGAUGACAACUCUGAGAUAGACAAACUAGAGGCCAGAGCUAAGGGGCUCUUAAAAGGUGAAGUGGAGAUUGGAAUUGAACCAAACUGGGAUUCACCGGAUGAAAAAGAGUCAGUAAAAGAGGAAAGGAGACUGAAACUUUUUUCCGAAGGAGCUAGGAAAAACGCCAAUGCUUCCCUUCAAGAGGAAAGACUGAACGCCGUGGACGUGCUUCUUGCUACUAAGAGCUCUCGCAUUCGAAAGAAAGAGCGAAAGAGAACCAUGGUUGAUGAGUUGCUAACUGGUGCCGAAUUCCAACACAAAAGCAAACAAAAAUACAAGGAAAUCGUGGGAGAGAAUCAACAGUAUAACUCAAGGGCUCACAGAUACUCAAAGCGUGUAAAGAGAAAAAGCAAUAAAUAAUGUUUCCUAUUUAUUAAACACUGAAAA